AUGAACAUAAUUCAGAUUGUUCAUGACCACUGGAUACAUAUACUUGUGCCCAUGGGGUUUGUCCUUGGGUGUUAUCUAGACAGAAAGAAUGAUGAAAACCUGACUGCCUUCCGGAACAAGAGUUUGUUGUUUAAAAGGGAAUUGAGACAGAAUUAA